GAAAAGAUCUCAGAGUGACGUGGCCUUUUUCCCAUCAAUACCAAACUAUCCAGACAAUCUAGCCAGAGCGCCUCUCUCUCUUCCCUCUUGCACUUUUUCUCUCUCCUUAUGGCCUUUUUCUCCGUUCUCUCCUCACCACAUCCACCACCUCUUCACUUUUACUAAAAUGCACUGCGGAAACACUACGCACCCUCUUUGUCUAUGCCCUUCAUCCAAUCACCAUCCCUCCUUUCCAAGGCGCACAUUAGCGAGGGUCGGUAUCGCAUUUAUUUACUCGUAGAAAAAUAAAAAUUAUUUAAAAUAACAAAACACAAAUAUCUCAAAAUAUCAAUAAACAACUAACUUUAUCAUCGGGUUGCUUGAUAUUUGUAAAGCUUGUACAUAUAUAUUUUCUUCGGAGGAAAAGACUUCGUAGGAUUGGUUGGAUGGCCCGAAUGUUUUGCGCUGUGUCGGAGGGAUUCGCUCACUGCUAACCUGCGCCGCUCGCCGGAGAGCGAUCUGUCUCCGGCCGUCGAAUCUUCGAUUGAGGUCUCUCUUUUGUGGACAGUUUCGAUCGAUAGAGGAGUUCGAGUUUAUUUAAUUGCUCUAUAAAUAAUAUAUUUAGUUUUUCAUUUACUGGAAGGGCGAAUGGAUUGGGGUAAGGGAGUGAGCAUGGAGCUUAAUGGGGCUGGAAAUGGUUUGGAGUGUGAGUGAGUGCUAGGACGUAUUUGGUCUUCUUUAAUGGAGGUUCUGUUUCGUAGCUCAGUUUUGAAAACCCUAAUCAUGAGUUGGAGGGCCACAGAUGAUGAGAGCGGGAAGAGAAGACGGAUUUUGGAUCUUUAAUGGAGGUUCUGGUUCGUAGUUCAGUGUUUGCAAUCGAGGAGAGUUAUAUAUUGUUGAUCGUGUGAAUUGGAGCAGUAUUGGUGUUGUUUAUUGAGUUGAUAUGGAGCGUAAGCAGCUGAAUUUGAACAAAGACUGUGAUGUUGUUGGCGGCGGCGAUGGCCUCGGUGGUGGUGCUGGCCCUGGUGAUGGAUUUAUCGAUAGGAGUAAAGUGAGGAUAUUGCUUUGCGAUAGUGAGACAAAUAGUUCAAAAGAGGUCUUACCACUUCUUUUGAAAUGCUCUUAUCAGGUGAUUUCUGUGAGGACUGCUAGACAGGUAAUUGAUGCACUGAAUGCAGAGGGACCUGAUAUAGACAUCAUACUUGCUGAUCUCGACCUUCCUAUGGCUAAAGGCAUGAAAAUGCUGAAGUACAUCACUCGGGAUAAAGACUUGCGACGCAUUCCUGUGAUCAUGAUGUCAGCACAAGAUGAGAUCUCUGUUGUUGUGAAGUGCUUGAGGCUUGGAGCUGCAGACUAUCUUGUAAAGCCUUUACGAACUAAUGAACUUUUGAACUUGUGGACACACAUGUGGAGGCGAAGGCGCAUGCUUGGACUUGCUGAGAAAAACAUCUUGAGCUAUGAAUUUGAUCUGGUGGCAUCAGACCCUAGUGAUGCAAAUACCAACAGUACUACUUUGUUCUCAGAUGACACAGAUGACAAGUCACGCAAAAACACCAAUGCAGACAUAGGAAUAUCUUCUCAUCAGGAGGAUGGAGAAACUGCUGCUACUGCUUCUAUAGAGCCUCGCACCAAUAUAUUGGAAUAUCGAUUCGAUGUUCAAGGAAUUACUAACAUCCAAACAGGGAAAUUUUCAACUGGUGGCCCAAAGAAAAGCGAAUUAAAGAUUGGAGAGUCAUCUGCUUUUUUUACCUAUGUGAAAUCUAGCAUAAUCAAGAACAACUCUCAAGCAGUUGCCCAUGCUGAAGCCCAUGCUGCCCAACAAUUGAGAUUUGGGGAGAAACGUCAAGCGUGUGAUAACACAGAGGUAGUUGAUACCCAAGCACAUGAAAAUGGAGAAGCAUGGGAGAGUUAUUCACAGGGAGAUGACAUGCCAAGCAGCACUAGUUUCCCCGAUUCUCAUUCAUUGGAGAGAUCUUGUACCCCCCCUACGCAGAUGGAACUUCCAAAUGAAAAUAACAUUUUGAAAGAGAGAUUUUCCAAAGUGCAAGUGCAUCAUGAAAAUGGAGUGCAAGUGCAUCAUGAAAAUGGAGUACAAAUGCAUCAAAGAAAUGGUCCUCGACACGAGGACUCUAACGUACCUGCUCAAGCUGCGUAUCCAUAUUGUAUGUCAGGGGUUGUUAAUCAAGUUAUGAUUUCAUCAUCAGCUCAAAUAUGUCAAAAAAAUCCCCAUGAGUUGCAGAAUCAUGCUACUACAGUAAUGAUGCCGCAGUACAAUCAUCUUCAACAAUGUCCUCCUCAUCUAGCUGCUGGGAUGACAUCAUUCCCCUAUUACCCAGUCAGUGUUUGCUUACAACCGGGUCAGAUGCCUACAAAUCAUUCAUGGCCCUCUUUUGGAAAUUCAUCUUCCCCUGAAGUGAAAUUAAAUAAGGUUGAUAGAAGAGAGGCUGCAUUGAUAAAAUUUAGGCAAAAAAGGAAGGAGCGCUGUUUUGAUAAAAAGAUAAGGUAUGUUAAUCGAAAACGUCUUGCUGAAAGAAGGCCUCGUGUUCGGGGCCAGUUUGUGAGGAAGGUUAAUGGUGUAAAUGUGGAUCUUAAUGGCCAACCUGGUGCUGCUGAAUAUGAAGAAGAUGAAGAGGAUGAUGAGCCACUUGCAUCUAUGGAUUCUACACCCGAAGAAGGUGGUUCUGGAUACUGAUAUCAAGUUGCUGGUCGAGGGAGGAUGCUUCUAUGUCAUAAGAUGCGAUACUUCCUUUUCUCUUGUUUAAAUUAUCUUGUGGAAUUUUUGCAUCUUUACCUGCUCGCUGGGAAUGGUGGGGCAUGAAUUUAGGGGAAUGCAUCAUUGAGAGGGAACACAGAUAGAUGAAUUUGGAAGCAAAUGAAGGAAAUCAAAUGUUGGGAUACUUAAGUUGGCACCAGGUGAGAGUUCUCGAACCAAAUAUUUAUGCAAAAUAUUGUAUGAUUCAGAAAUCGUCCACGCUGCAAUUGCAAGCAGUUUGCUCUGAAUCAAAUCGUUGUUUAAAAAUCAAAUCUAGUAGAUGGUUCUUCUACUUCUUCCCAUUCUUACUGACAAACUGUCGAAAUUUCUCAAAUGCAUAAAUUUUAAUAUGUAAUGAAUUUGGUAUUAGUGAAACAUAUUUAAGGUUAUGUUUUUGUUUCGCCAUUCCUUCUUAUCCACACCUGUAGCCAACCUGUAUGGAACAAACUCGUUUAACGAAGAUCCGUAUCUUAAGCUAUGUUGUAUACAUUUAUAUCACUCUUUCAAAUGAUUAUAUAUCGACUUUAAAAA